UUAUGUAUGUUGCCAUAAACACAGUUACCGGAGACGUUAGACUACAGUAUGAGACUAACAAGACAAAGAACCUUCGUUUUACUGCUCUGUUUUGGUUUAGCCUUCCUUGGUGUUUAUUUUUACUUGCUAUCACGCGAUCAGAACUGCACUUCGGGGCUGGAAUGCUUUAUCGGGUAAGUUUAUCAUGUACUGUACUCUGUAGAUAGACAUGAAUUAUAGCCAUCGGAGUGGCAUUGCAUUUAGGUUUUAUGUGAAGCUGCUUACUUUAAAGGCUCGAACGGACGACACUGCGAAGUCUUCCCAUUACAGACAUUAAUGAACAAUCGCCGAAUGCUGAUUUAAUUUCGAAUAUAAUCGAAAUAUUUGCGUGUAUCUGGUCAGUAUGCAGUAUGCUAUCGUUGUUUGGUGUGUAGCACAAGCAAUGAAAAGUAAUUGAUACUUCAAUGUGCUGACAAGUCCUUUUGUUUUCAUUGAACGACUAAACUGUUGCACAUGUUGACAAAGAUAAUUCAAUGUUUUAUAAACUAAAUAUUUACCAGGCUUUUAGCUGAUCAUUACAUCAACUGUACUAGUUUGUUUCAACGGGGAAGCCGGUAGGGUACUGCAGACAGUGUUUUGCUCCCCCGAAUCGAAGCGCUGAAAUUGCGCUCAUUAAAGGCCUAUUAAUUCCACGACGGCUAAAUUCUUCGCGAGAAAUUGUGUCUGCGAAAUAUGAGUGGUUGCACAUGUGCGAUUCUAUUAAAUCAGUUCACAGGCAAUCUCGUUCCCCGAGCAUGCCCGUUCGCAGGUUAAGGGUGGGCAUAGCUCUGGAGAAAUCGAAUUGAUUCAGGCCUGUGAUUGGCUAACGGCAGACAGUACGUUGGAUUUCCAACGUGAGUUCUAUAUAAACAAAGUAUUUGGAAUUUCUCGUCGAAAAUUUGAUACUUUUUAUACUGAAAUCGAUUGAAAACAACUAGAAAUUCUGGAGGAAAUAUGUACGAAAGCUGCGGAUUGAUAGGGAUACAACUACCUGAAAAAUACAAGGAGAACCUCGACGUUUCGAGCGAAGGCGCUUCGACUUGUGCUGUUAGUGUUUGUAUACAUGAUAAUAUUAAUACAUCGUACUUGCCUUUUAUAUACUGCAAUACCUAACACUACGUAUACCCGCAUAAAUUCUGACAGGAGAGUUAAUUAAAUGUAAAGUUUAAAGCAUAAAAAUAUAUAAUACUUAUUAUUGAGGAGAUUAUAUUUAUCAAAGGUCAAGUACGAUGUAUAUAAACACUAACAGUACAGAUCGAAGCGCCUUCGCUCGAAACGUCGAAGUUCUCCUUGUAUUUUUCAGGUAGCUGUAUCCAACCGAAGCUUUCGUACAUAUUUCCCCCAGAAUUUUUAGUUGUUUUCAAUUCGAUUUCAGUGUAAAAUGUAUCAAUUUUUCGACGCGAAAUUUCUAAAUACUUUAUUUAUAUUUUGCAACAUUGCCGAGCAUGCGUAGAACUCACGUUGGAAAUUCAACGUGAAUCAAUUCGAUUUCUCCAGAGCUAUGCCCACCCUUAACCUGCGAACGGGCAUGCUCGGGGAACGAGAUUGGUUCACAGGCGAAAUUUUCUCCCGCGAAGCCUGAUCCAGCUUCAGGCUGGAUUUCCACUUCCAAGAAAAAUUUCGUUGACGAAAUUUUCGUCUCAAUUUUCUUUUGAAUAGACCAAUCCUCAAUUAACCAAAAUUUUGAUCUCAACAAGUCUAGACAAAAUUCCAUCAUAGCUUGAAAGAGUAUCACAAAAUUAGUAAUAUUCCAAAGUUUUGCGUUGCGAAUUCUUGUAAAAUGCGGAUAAUAUAGCCUUGAGAAGUUUGUAAUUUUCAGUCAUUUUGUAAUACGCACAGAAGUGGUAACCAUUUCCCGUUUGUAAUCUAAAAUGACUGAAAAUUGCAAACUUCGCAAGGCUAUAUUAUCCGCAUUUUACAACAUUUUGCAACGAAACUUUGGAAUAUUACUAAUUUUGGGAUGCUCUUUCAAGUUGUGAUGAAAUUUUUGUCUAGACUUGUUGAGUUCAAAAUUUUGGUUAAUUGGGGAUUGGUCCAUUGUGAGCGGUCAACUAGUGAUUAAUUCGGAUGAUCACAAUUCAAAAGAAAUCAAACGAAGUAUUUCGCGAAAUUGUAGUAUUGCGACUAUUACUGGUAAUAAUAUUCAGGAAAAUUAGUAAAAUAUCCGCAACAUUGCAUGCUGAAUAGGCUCAGUCCUAGCUCCGCCUCAGAUACGCUGAGCCCAGUACGUGCACAACACGACAAUCAAGUGAGAUCUGCUUCCUCUCAGUGUGCUGAACUGUUUAGCAGCAUUGCAGAAGAAUUCAGUUUGUUAUUUAUAUCUAUUUUUGCGAUCAUGAAUUCAAAUAAUCAAUCUAAAUUUCGCAUUUGCAAAUUGCUUGAUGACUGUGUGAAUGAGCUGAUAAGAUCUUCACUUUUUUUUAGGUGUGAUAAGUUCUGUACUACUAAUGACUUAGAUUCUGCGCAAAACUUGGUGCUCUUCCAAAAGCCGUGUGCACUUCACUAUCUUGUAGACAAAGGGCCUUCGCUCGAAACGUCUAAUUUCUCUUUGAAUAUUUCAAGAUUAUUUUACGAGAGUGCCGACGUUCCGUCGAACUCAGAGGGGGCAUCGAGUCACCCGAUAUAAUUCAAUACUAACUAAUUGCAUCAUCCCGACAUGACGACUCUUAUCUACUCAUAUUACCUUUGAAAACAGAAAACCCCACUGUUCUCCAUGCCAUAUCCACUCAUUGUUUUGACAUUUCUGUUAUUGUGACUUGCAUUUACGUUUCUCGUUUUGAAUUGCCAGAAGCCAGUGUUUUUAAAAGGAACCAUAAUAAUAAUUAUUAUUAUAAUAAUAAUAUGGAAGUUCAGGCCUGAUUUUAAUAUACGUCGAAUUUCGGUCGCGUUGAAUGCAAUUCAAACAAUAGAUAAUGAAUUGGCAAAAGUAUUAUGAAUAACAGCGAAUUUAAAAAAGCGAAUUUAAAGUUAGGGAUUGUUUUUGCCAAUUUUUUUAUUCAUAAUACCACUUUUGCCAAUUUUUGCCAAAGAGUUGCCUGUGGAGGAGGCUAAACGAGGCCUAGUUUAUCAUCUCAUUAUCUAUUGUCUUAAUUGCAUUGGACGCGACCAAAAUUCUUAAAUUCGACGUAUAAAACAGGUUUCAAUCUCUGUUGCAUUCAGUACCAAAACCAGAAUAAACAAUCUAUAGUUAUAAUGUUAUUAUAAAGAAACAAUAGCUUGGACUCGGGGGCUAACAAUGUUAAAGAUGCCAAGUACUGUCGUUUGCACAUGCAUGUCAGCUUUGUUGACAUUUUUGUUACCAAUGCAAAUAAUGAACUUUAGAAACGAAGUGGUGACAAUUAUAAUUGUUUCCUGUCAGAGUGCUAAAACACGAGGCGACAGUCAAAUGUCUUAUAUCAGUGAUGCAGUACGCUUAAAAAAACGACCCAUCUUAUGAGUUCAUUGGCGAAGUUAUUUUAAAAAUCAACAUUGUCUUAACCGAGAAAACCAAAGCUAAAUUUAGUUUAUGUAAAUUACAUGAUUUUUAUCAUAUAACUGACUGACCAGCGAUACGGUAGUGAUUUCUUUUGUCUUUCCUAAUGAGUUUUUUAACGUUUUCUGAACUCUUUUAUAUUGUUUUAGCAUUCAACAAACAGAUACAAAUCGUGCACUGAUGUGCGUAUUACCUAGACUUGACCCAUUCGAUCGAUCUAUUAGUCAUUUGAUCACAAACUAUUCAGACGAUAUCACUGACGUUUGUGGGAAAUCAAGCAAAGUAUUCCAGCUGGUAGACGGAAGAAUUCAAAUUCGUGAUUUCUCUCUGUUGGAAAAUAUUUCAGAAAAAUCAGCGAAAUACGAGACUGUGAUACGUCCCAAAGGCGACGACCACAGAAUUAUGUAUGGAAACAUGGUUUUUAUUUCCCAAAAUGACCAAAAAAUUAACAACGACUUUUUGAAAGUGAGUUAUAAGCUAAAAAAUGGAAGUAGGAAAGUGGAAAUGUUCGCACAGAUUGUGGAAAAACAAAGCGUAUUAAAAAGAAAGCUUACAAAUGCUAGGCCAAGGCCGAAUGUUGUUUUAAUGGGUUUCGACUCGACUUCAAAUGCUAACUUCAAACGAAAACUAGGUAGAAGCUUUAGGUAUUUGGUCGAGAAGCUGGACGCUUUUGUUUUCAAUGGUUAUACCAUAAUCGGAGAUGGUACCACACCAGCACUGACUGCAAUUUUAACUGGUAAUUUACUCAGCACCAUGGUGUCAAAUAACCACACAGAUCUGAAUUCAUGGCCUUGGAUUAUGAAGAACUACAAAAGGAAGGGAUAUGUUACUUUAUACGCAGAAGAUGAUCCACAGGUCGCAUGUUUUAAUAAAAUAGGUAGUUUUAACAAUGAGCCGGCCGACCACUACAUCAGGCCGUUCUGGCUUUCUGUUGAACGCCAUGGUCUCGAUGGCCGCCGUCGGAAUAAGUCAGCGUCACUUCAUCGUCUUUGUUUAAACAAUGAACCACUUCAUAACAUAACAUUAAAUUACGUGAAGGAUUUCCUAGCUGCUUAUGAUGGCAUGCCAAAGUUUGCAUUUCCUUUUUUCUCCUAUCUUCCCCAUGGCACGGGCGAAAAAUUGAGCUAUGCUGACAAAGACCUUUUAUUGUUUUUGAAAAGCUAUGAGAAAUAUCGCGAUAAUACUAUUUUGAUAAUUUUCGGUAAGUUAUUACACAUCUAUAAUGUAACACCCCUGUGACUAAACCUACCCUCCUCCGCAGGCAUCUCACCUGAGGAAUCGGGUAGUCGGAAAAAGUAAAAACCCAUUUGCAGGCUAAAACCCAUAGAGAGGCCUGCGGAGGAGGCUAGACUAAACCCUAGCUGGUAUACACUAUCAAAGUUUCUGUGAUCACAGUAGGAAUUUUGCAAUGGGUUUCAAAGGAUUUGUAAUAAAUGUUUGAGGGAGCCAGUGUUCAACAUCAAGUCAGUUUCGGCUCAAAUAUUUCUUACAAAUCCUUCAAACCUUAGAAUUUACCUAUGCCAAAUUCCUCACUGUGAUCACAGAAACAUUGAUAUACAAUCAGGCAACUGCGUUAUGUCCGUUGCCAUCUAUAAUUAUCCACUAUUAUAAUUGAAGUGAUUGGUUCUAUAGUUCGUUUCGUUCUAUGCUUACAUCAUCAGGAUGCGGUACAUGUAGCUAGUCAUGUGAGUUAUCUGCCAAAACGAGCUACGAGGUUGGCUGAAAUGCACUUUUACACCACCUAAGGGACCAUGCAGUCAUUAUUCUGGCGGGGGAUGGCACAGAAGAGAAAAGGGUUGGGUAUAAACACAAUUUUGAGUGAGUAAAAUGUUGGAUAUAAUAAGUGAGUAAAAGGUUGGGUAAUAAAAAUUUAUUGUCGUUUCCAAAGCAUGACUAAAAAGCAAUGUCAACAGCCAUAUAUCAAUACAGUAUGUAAAUCAAUCAGAGUCACUAUCUUGUCAAUCUUGAUCAUUUUCCGAUUUGUCAGGAGGCAAAUGUUGUCUCCAAAGAUAGUACACAACACAUUAGACUGCAGAAAAUUGUACAUAACCCGGGAGUGGUAAAGGACAUGUGUGACAAGAUAUCCUUUUGUAAUGUAUUUGGCCAGGUGUGGGUAUUUUUAAAUAGUUGAUAUUUGAGGUUGUGGUAAAAUUGUUUUGACUUUUUAAUGGUUGGACCGGCAACAUUUUCAUCAAGAAAAACAUUUCUCUUCGGUGCCUCCCCCUACCCAUUAAUUAUGACCGGUCCCUAACCCUAUGCCGAUUAGUACUCAUUCACACAUUCACAACUUUUUUAUGAUCUUCUCACGCUACAGGCGAUCAUGGGGCAAGAGUUGGUAGUGUUCGUAACACAAUUCAAGGUACUUAUGAAGAACAUUUACCAUGGCUGUCUAUAGUAUUACCACCAUGGUUUGAAGAGAAAUACCCUGUAUUCACAAAGAACCUGAAGGUUAACCAAGAACGAGUUAUUUCACCGUUUGAUCUGCACUAUACAUUACACCAGAUUCUUAAUCUGGAUAGAAAACCAGCUGCAGGCACAAGUCUAAUGUCGGAGUUGAAUCCACAACGGACUUGCAGCGAGGCAGGUUAGAUCACUUACCUUUGUUUUACUGCAUGAACUAGAAUUUCUGAUUAUUUCUAUACCAUAUGCUUGUAUAUCAUCCAUAAUAUGUCGGUUAUGACCACAUUGGAUUCUGAUCACGCGAAAAAGGAUGAAUUUGAGUGUAUAGUCUGUCAGGAAAUGAUAGUCUGGAGCUCGACAAACUUCAAAACUACAAAAUAGAAGAUCUCUGUUUGAUAUUGCACUAUGCUUCACUGUGCACAAAUCCUUCGUCUCAAAUAUCAGUUGGUUGCACGUUUCACUUCAGCUAUCUCUCUUGGAUGAUUACUUCAUCAUACCAAAAGGUCGAAAACACAACUGAGCUCAAUCACCGUGACCGUGCACAAAUGAACAUAAGGGACUGGUCAUAAAGUAACUGCUAGGGUGGGCUGGAGGUAAAUCACAAAUUUUGCCAAUAAGUUUGGUGACCCAUCUUAGGAUGUAGAUAAAAAUUUCAAAGCCCAUCUAAUCUUACAAAACAUUUUUCAUGACCCACCCAAUUUAAAUUGGGAAAAUACACUUUUAUAAUAAAAAAAGUUGCAGGUAUGAACAUUGUAAAUAUACACCGGCACUGUAUUGACAUACAUAAUUCCACAAAGCUUGACCAACACAUUCAUCACCAAUUACGAUACUAAGCUGCUCUCCAGUUGGUUGUAUUUGCUGUGAUUCGACCACUUCUUGUUGUUGUAUAAACAAAGUACUGGCUUCAAUAGCAUCAUUUGCAUUUGAUAAUUUGGAUAGUUUUGUUUACUUUUAUUAUUAAUAUAUUUAUUUUUUGAAGUGGACAUGCAUGGGUUUUUGUUUGGUGGCCUAACCGUGGACAUACAAAAAAAUUGGCGGCCCAUCAAAACUGCCCAAAGAUUUUCCAUGGCCCAUCCCAAAUCACUCCAGCCCACCCUAGCAGUUACUUUAUGACCGGUCCCUAAACUCAGACAAAAACAUAGCACAAUGACUUCGAUCAGUUUCCAGACCAUCAUAUAUCUUGAUAGAUUACGAGUCGAGCAGUACUCAAUUUUGCACAAUUUUGCUUUUCGAUGAAUCGUAAUUUGAUUAAAAAUUCGCAAGGCUCUGCGUAGGAGAGAGUGAUUUACUGGCAGCUAUACACUUUACCAACUUGCCCUAAUUGGUUUCUAUUCUUUAAAGUUCAUAUGAAACGAAAAUUAUAAAAACUAUAGAUUAUCUCCGUUUGCAGUUUUUCAGUUAUUUAGAGUUUGAUACACGUGUCAACGUUCUACGUCACAAAAUGCAUACUAAGUUAUCAGAUUAAGUUGUACAGUAUAUCCUUUCUUUUUUAUCACACAAAAUCUCAUUUUAGAAGUAUAUUGUACAUAUGUGUUGUUCUACAACAUCAAAUGCCUGGAUUCCUUAUAUUUUGUUAGUAUCUCAUGAGCACGCUCAUGUGUGUACCAAAAUCCAUUAAGAAACGCAUGAGCAUUCUCAUUAAGAAAAAGGAUUUUGGUAUACACGAGGAUGUUCAUGAGCAUACUGGAUUUUGGUACAUAUAUGAGUGUGCUUAUGAGCAUACCUUAGUUUGGUAUAUCAUGAGCACGCUUAUAUUAUAUCACCAUGCCAAAAUCCAGUAACAUACUCAUGAGCAAAUUCACGAGGAUACUGGAUUUUAGCCAGCAGCUAGUGAUUUCUUUUCAUGGUAGCAAGAAUAUAUAACAUUUUCAGCAAACUCAUAUGCAUGUUUGUGACGUAGAGCCUUGAUACUCAACUAAGUGAAAUAUCUCGAAAACCGAAGGUCGAAGCUACGGGACGAAAAAUUGAAAAAGAAGUUGUAUACUCUAUAGUUUUAUAUUUCUUUUAAAAACAUUUCCGUUUCAAUGCACUUUCUACAUCAUCUUACAGAUUGGUUUUGAACUAUUUAGGUGUGACGGACGAGCACUGGUGUCCAUGUUUAAGGUGGCAAGCAGAAGAUAUCAACAGUAUUCCAGUAAAGAGAGCUGCACAGCUUUUAGUUAAGCAUAUUAACAAAAUGAUUUCCAAGAAACGAAUUUUUAUCAACUUGUGUUUCACAGUUUAUCUUGUUGAAAUCAUUCUUGCGGCCAGAGCCGAGGCUCUUCGUGAGUCAGAGAAUGGCGAUAUUGUGUAUUAUCAAGUAACUAUAGCAACAAAACCUGGUGAUGGGCUCUUUCAAGCUACCUUUCGACUUUAUCCAGAUUCCAAGAUGGUCAUGACUUCGCAUAUUAGCAGGACGAGCAUGUAUCGACGGAACCCGUGGUGUUUAGGACGAAAUUAUCAUUACAUGAGAAGAUUUUGCACAUGCAAGAUUCCUCACAGGAAUGACGCAAGGAAAAGAAUGGUCGAAAACAUGGAUGUAUCGAAACUAAUGAAAAUGAGCCUAAAUAAUGUUUAGGUCAUUAUAUUAACCACGUGAUAAGCUGGUGCAGUCCUAAAAUUCUAACAAGGGAAGGCUCAUCUAGCGAUGCCUUGGGGCAUGAACCAUCAAAUCUUUUUUUAUUCUAGCCUCUACUGUAGUACUGGCUCUCUUACUGUAUGAACGAUUUCCUGCAUUUUAUAAUAAGUAAUGAGUAAAUAUGUUAUAAAGUUUAAUAUAAAUUACUUAAGCUCUCUACCGCUUUGUGGAUAUCCUGGGGAAUGUGCAGAAUCUGCGAGGCGGCAGACCUGCCCUUGUAGAAUUAAGCCGAAUUGUUGUGAUGAUCGAAGUAGACUGGAUAUACGUGUGAAUUUGUGAUAUGAUUUGGUUAUCAAUACAACACUCGAAAACUUUAGAGACCAAAGGACAGAAGUGAUAUUGGUCUAUAAUUCGACACUUCAGCUGGGCCUUUUUUGGGAUUGAGCUGAUAUUGGAAAUGGAAGGUUUCCACUCGCGUGGCAGUUUUCCCUUGGAAAAGCUCUUGUUAAGGAGAUCACAUGACGAUGAACAGAUACUAGACGCGUAGUUCUUGAGAAGUUUAGCUUUUACUUGUACAAUAUGCUAACGAAACUAUUUCAAAUAUUUAUAUCAAAUUUUACACCAUUCAGUGUCAUUCUCGCGCAAAAUAUUUAGCUAACCUGAAUGGGAAAAAGGUGGAGCCAAAGGUACGGUGGAAGUUCGAUUGCUCCAAGUUUUUAAAACUUAAUAAAAAAAGAUAUUUUAAGAAAAUAUUUUUAAAAAAAAUAUUAUUAAAAAGAUAUUUAAAAAUAUCUUUGUACUUUAUUCUCUUUACCAGAGGACUAAUAUAUUCUUACGUCAGUACAUUUUGUUAGGACAGCGAUUACCAUAAAUAAAAUAUAAUAUUUUAAUUAUAAUAUUUAAUUACGUAAUAUAUUGUAAUAUUAGGUAAUACACCACAAGAAUAUAAAAUUAAAGUACAUCUCUCCCGCGAUCCUCUGUCAAUAUAUUUUACAAGCUAGUUACACAUAUGCUGCCCUGAAAGACACUGAAUUUUCUUUCAAAACAAAAUUCGAACUGAAAUAUUUGCUUGACCACAAUUCCUUGCAUGCUGCUGGUUUACAAACUAUGAUAUCAAAAUCUUCCACAAAAUUUGUUAGAUUGGUAUUAAUGUUAGCAGAAACAAGACUCCCAUAAAUAAUGUGAACAGGAUUAGCGGUGUAAAGUAUCCCCACACUGGCCACAAUGCAUAUACACAGCUGA